CCAAAUAAGAAGGCAGGGGCUGCUGCUGAGGUGCAAAGGGGUUUUGUGAAUCACAGUGGUGGUUAAGACCCCAGUUCCUCCAGCUCCUACCUAUUUCUGGCUGACCCCGAGGGCAAGGAUGGUGGAAGCUUUUUGUGCCACCUGGAAGCUGACAGACAGUCAGAAUUUUGAUGAGUACAUGAAGGCUCUGGGUGUGGGCUUUGCCACUAGGCAAGUGGGAAAUGUGACCAAACCCACGGUGAUAAUCAGUCAGGAAGGGGGCAAAGUGGUGAUCAGGACCCAGUGCACAUUCAAGAACACAGAGAUCAGUUUCCAGCUGGGGGAAGAGUUUGAGGAAACCAGCAUCGAUGACAGGAACUGUAAGUCUGUUGUUCGGUUGGAUGGAGACAAACUUAUUCAUGUUCAGAAAUGGGAUGGCAAAGAAACAGAUUGUGUAAGAGAAAUCAAGGAUGGCAAAAUGAUCGUGACUCUGACCAUUGGUGAUACUGUUGCUGUGCGCUGUUAUGAAAAGGCAUAGAGAUGGCAGUUCUUUGGAAGCUUUGCUGGAGUUUCAGAGAUGACCAGCUACUACAGCACUGCUCACUCAUUAGAUGGUUGUCUUUAGUGUGGAGGCAGAAAAUUAUAAUUUAAAGAUAUGCAACUCCAAGCAACUCAUAGAAUUUUGAUAUGCAAAGUGUCCCUGUUUUGUAAUU